AUGUGCCCCUCGGUGCUUUUUCUGUCGGACCUCUUUGGUGCUGCACAGAAAGUGAUGCUCCUCCAUCCUAAGUGUGGGCAGAAAGUGCAAGAGACCAGCCUGGGGAGUUUUUUUGCCCUUUUCUCUCGGAUUGUUGGGGGACACCAGGUGAAGCAAGGCUCACAUCCAUGGCAGGUUUCCCUGAAGAGAAGGCAAAAGCAUUUCUGUGGAGGCACCAUUGUUUCUGCUCAGUGGGUGGUCACAGCAGCUCACUGCACCCUCGACAGGAAUCUACUGCAAUACUUGCAUGUCACGGCAGGAGAGCACGACUUGGGGCUCAGGGAGAGCAGUGAGCAGACACUGCCUGUCAAAUCUGUCAUCCAGCACCCCAAGUUUGACCCCAGGACUCCGAUGAACUAUGACAUUGCCCUUCUGAAGCUGGAUGGCACCUUCAACUUCAGUGCAUCAGUUUUGCCAGCAUGCCUUCCUCAGCCAGGUGAAAAGUUUGAAGCAGGAUAUAUCUGCACUGCUUGUGGCUGGGGCCGUUUAAAGGAAAAUGGACUGCUCCCUCAGGUCUUGUAUGAGGUCAAUCUCCCGAUCCUAAGCAGCAGAGAGUGCUCAAGAGCACUGUCAACUUUGAAGAAACCCAUCCCAGGUGACACCAUAAUGUGUGCUGGAUUCCCAGAUGGAGGAAGAGAUGCCUGCCAGGGAGACUCUGGAGGUCCCUUGUUGUGUCGAGGCAAGCACGGGGCCUGGACCCUUGCUGGUGUCAUCUCCUGGGGGAUGGGAUGUGCCCGUGGCUGGAUGGGGAACAAGCAGAAGAAAUAUCCCAAAAGAGGAUCCCCGGGAAUAUUCACAGACCUCAGCGUGGUGCUGCCCUGGCUUCAGGAGAACAUGAGUGCUGAUCUGAAAGUGAAAAGCCUCACAGCGUUUUGUAGUGUUCAGGAUGGCAAACUCUGCAGCAGAGAAGGGGAAUUACAUUUUCCUGGAAGGCGUGCACAGUUCUAUCAAAACCACCAGCUGUGUAUAUGGACUCUGUUUGUGCCAGAAGGGAAUUACAUAUGGCUUCAUUUCUCCCACUUUGAUGUAGAGCCAGAAAUGUUCUGUGACUAUGAUUCUUUAUCAGUCUACUCAAAAGAUGACAGACUCGUGGGGAAAUUCUGUGGAGGAGAUCUUCCAUUACCUAUUUUGAUUGGCUCCAAUAGCAUGAGGCUGAAAUUUGUUUCUGAUGGUGAGGAUUACAGAACCGGUUUUUCCAUUACUUACAAAGCUCUUACAUCAGAUAUUCUCCCUGAUGCUGGCUGUGAGUCCCUGGCUGUCCUUUUUGAAGAAGGAGUGUUGGAGAGUAUGCACUACCCAGAGCACUACAGCAACCUGGCAGGCUGUCAGUGGAUGAUCUGUGCUCCAGAAGACCACGUAGUCAAGCUUACAUACCAGUCUUUUGAAGUAGAAGAGAGUGAAGAUUGCUCCUAUGAUGCCGUGACUGUGUACGAAGAUGUGGGAAAAAAAGAGGAAAUUGUCAAGUCUUGUGGAUUUGCCCUGCCAGCACCUGUUCUAAGCUCCUCUGCUGUGAUGCUGGUUGUCUUCCACUCUGAUGAAACAGAGACCUUUGGAGGAUUCAGAGCUACAGUCUCCUUUGUUCCUGUAGCAGAUUUAAAUCCUUUGAAUUCAACUAAAGAAGAGUUUGAAAACAUGAAUGUUACUGAGGAAGAAAUAAAGGUUACAACAGAGGAUGUUUGCGGAAUGCCCUCCAAUCAGCCCAGGUUCCUCUUCAGCAGGAUAACUGGAGGUGAAGAAGCCGUGCCCUACUCGUGGCCUUGGCAAGCCAGUGUACAAAUUGCAGCUGAGCACAUCUGUGGAGGAGCAGUCCUUGCCCGAGAAUGGGUUGUCACAGCUGCCCACUGCCUCCAUUCCAGGUUAGCAUACAGAGACUUAUGGAUGGUGGUAACAGGACUACAUGAUCUUACAGAGCAAGAGUACAGACAGAAAAGGCCAGUCAAGCAGCACUUUAUACACCCAAGUUUUAACAAGACCACUCUGGACUGUGACGUUGCCCUGCUGCAGCUGGCUGAGCCCUUGGAAUUCAGCCCCUCCGUGCUCCCAGUGUGUCUCCCUGCCGAGCAGGAGGUGCUGCAGCCCUCCAGGACGUGUGUGGUCACAGGGUGGGGUGCACCUGAAGCAGACAGAGAAAAGGGGAAAAAACUGCAGCAGCUGGAAGUCCCCAUCCUGGCACCUGACAUAUGUCAGAGCUAUUACAUAAACCUUCCCAGUAAAGUGACCCAGGGGAUGAUCUGUGCAGGAUUCCCUCUGGAGGAAGGCAAGGACUCAUGCACAGGUGAUUCUGGAGGCCCAUUAGUUUGCCCUUCAGAAGACAACUUGGGGUUUUACACACUCCAUGGAAUUACCAGCUGGGGCUUGGGAUGUGGAAGGAAGAACUACUGGGGAGUAUACACCAAUGUUGGUUUUUUUGUUGACUGGAUCAAGAAGAAUAUUAAUAGUAGUGAUCUCCCCAUUUUCAUUGUGUGAGUGCCAAAAGAACAGUUCUGAUGGAUCCUGUUGUAAAACAAUCCCAAAGCACAAAUGUCACUGAAAACAAAAUUUGGUGGGAGUACGCAGGUUUUUGACUGAUGAACAGAUUCCAGAGUAGCUGGUACUUACCCUGGGGAAUUCACUGUUGCUUUACCUGAACAGAGACUUUGGCUUUCCACGUGUGUUGGAGCAGUCACAAGUUACCUGCAGGCUUCUGACACUCUGUUACUCCAUCAAAAGAGGAAAAAUAAACCACAUGAGCCAAGCAUGUCCUUGAAUGUAGUGCUGGGGAGUAUAAAAAUACUGCAGCAUAUUUUUAAUGCAGUUUCUGGUUUCACAAAUUGUGUAGUGUUUGAACAAAAGCGUUUCAAAAGGAAGGUGUUACAGGCCAAGUGACCAUGCAAGAACUGAGAGCUGUCCUAAUUAAUCUAGGCAUUAACUUGUACAAAUUAACAUUUGUUUAAUGUCCAAAAGGCUGCCUGUACAGAAAUCUGUGGUGACAGGCUCCGAUUAGCUUUGCAGACCCUUGUGCUCUCAGCUUUAGUGUUUAAAACUAGAUUAGCAGGGUACUA